AUUGCAAAUAGAACGAUACCCCAGUGAUAGAGGGCAUAAACGUCGGCUUUGCUGUUCCCGUACUUAUAGAUCAUCAGCCAGAAUUUUUGCGGACUUAGCCACCUUUUUGGGGAUAUCACAGAAAGUGAAAGUGUUGACUCAUACAGAAAUAUUCCAUUUAUCAUUUUUGGCCAAAGACUUUAAUCUUUAACUUCAAAAAACUCACACCUUCAAGAAGCCAUUAACAGAACCAAUACCACCAAAUGACAGACUCAGGCCCUCUCAAAGAGAUCGCUUUUGGUGCCGUCUCGGGAAUGGUGGGCAAGGUGGUCGAGUUCCCCUUCGAUACCAUCAAAGUCCGUCUCCAGUCGUCAUCAGUGCCAUUGUCCUCGUUCCAGAUGAUCCGAACCACCUACGUCAACGAAGGGAUUAUCAACGGCUUCUACAAGGGUUUUCGGGCUCCGUUACUCGGCGCCUGUGCCGAAACGUCCAUUUUGUUCACUUCCUAUAACUGGUCAACGUCAUAUUUCACAGCUAGCUUGAAACCGAGGUCUGGCAUCAAGUACACCGAGGAAACGCUACCUUUCUGGACCAAGUGUGCGUCUGGAGGGUUCGCUGGAUUCAUGGCUUCGUUUAUCCUUACACCCAUAGAGUUGAUCAAGUGCCAACUCCAGGUGUCUAAUUUGGCUGGCAAUGUCGAUAACUCCAGGAGCUACUUGUACUACAUCAGACAGGUGAUACGCAAUAACGGGGUUGCAGGGUUAUGGAGCGGGUUAUCCAGUACCUUAGUCAGAGAAAUCACAGGAACUGCCAUCUGGUUUGGCACUUACGAGUACAUCAACGAUUAUUUCAAGGCCAACCCACAUGUGCCGAUAUCCCCAGAUAUCCAACUGUUGGUGAGUGGUGCUCUGGCAGGAAUCGCCUUCAACUGGAUCAUUUUUCCGGUAGACACCAUCAAGUCAAACAUCCAGACGUAUGAGAUUCUUCACGAACACGACAAGAACCGUCCCAAGAGAAUUGGCGUUUGGUACAUCAUGAAAAAGUUGGCAGCGAAGCCUGGAGGCAUCAAGAACUUCUACAAUGGGCUAGGAAUCACCUUGGCUAGAGCAGUGCCAGCCAAUGCCUUGAUUUUCUUUACAUACGAGCAGUUGAAAAAGAACUUUUAAAAUCGAAGAGCCCAUAUAAGAAAAGAUUGGAUAGACCAGAUAAGUUUCAUGUUCGUGUGGGCGCAUAAGUUUGGUCUCCGAUUGUGAAGUCGUUAUGGCUCCAUUGGAUCAAAGCAUUAUAACAUGUUGGGUAAUUAUUUGGUUGUAUUCGGGCACUUGUGUGGGUUAUAAGCAAUGAUAACCCGCUUAAAGGGUGUUGGAUACUAUGGGGGGGGUACUGGAAGUGGAUCUUAGACAAAUCAUAGACAUAUAGAAUAUCAUAUAUCAAAUGUAUAUACUGAGCAA